AUGGGUCACGAAAACGUCUGGGGCUCGCACCCCAAGGGCUACGGCAAGGGCUCGCGCAGCUGCCGCACCUGCGCCUCGCGCAUCGGCAUCAUCCGCAAGUACGGCCUGGACAUCUGUCGCCGCUGCUUCAAGGAGAACGCCAACAACAUCGGCUUCCACAAAUACCGUUAA